CGUUUGUUGGCCAAUCUCAGUGUUUUGGAAAGUGUAGGAGAGCAUCGCGCGAGUUGUCAGUGUUCAUUGAUAAACCUCAAUAGAACAAGUUUUGUAUUAUUACGAUUUCUACCUUCAUACCAAAUGACACAAGCGGAAAGAGAACAAGAGAAUGGGAAAGAGAAGGAAAAGGAACGAGAAAAGGAGAAAGAAAAGGAGCAACGUGGAGUGAAACGACCGAUUGUCCCAGCUGCUAUUGCAGAGCCUUUGCAAGAGCCAAUUCAGACAACGUCCAUUAUUAUCAUCCAUCCUGGGUCAAAAACGCUUAGAAUUGGUCGUGCUACAGACAACGUGCCUGUGACAGUUCCACAUGUCAUUGCAAGACGACAUAAACAGCCUGGUCAGCCUCGGCAUGAAGAUCUUUGGCUCUUGCGAGAUGGACUGAAUAAACCAGAGAGUAAUGAACAGAGACAAAAUGGCCUGAAAAUGGUUGACCAAGCCAUUUGGUCAAAGAAAAUGUCGAAUGGAAUAAGGCGGACUCCAGUAUCUGCAGAGCAGGCAAGAGCUUACAACAGACAGAUUCGUCCUGCGGUGUUGGAUCCCACAGCCAGAGUGAAGUGGACCAGCACAAGCCAUAAUGCAGACUAUUUUGUGGGGGAGGAGGCCCUGUAUGUGAACCCAGCUGACAGCUACAACCUCCACUGGCCGAUCUGUAGGGGUCAGCUGAACAUCCACGGCGGUCCUGGGGGAUCACUGACGGCCGUCCUGGCCGACCUGGAGGCCAUCUGGUCUCACGCACUGCAGAAACUUCUGGAAAUCCCUCUGAAAGAUCUCAAGUAUUACAGAUGCAUCCUCCUUGUUCCUGAUAUCUACAACAGGCAGCAUGUCAAAGGAAUGGUGAACAUGUUGCUGAAGAACAUAGGAUUCUCGGCUAUCCUGGUGCACCAGGAGUCGGUGUGUGCCACCUACGGCAGCGGCCUCAGCAGUGCCUGUGUGGUGGACGUGGGGGACCAGAAGACCAGCCUGUGCUGUGUCGAGGACGGGGUGUCACAUCGGAGCUCAAGGAUGUGUUUGGCGUAUGGUGGCUCUGAUGUGACUCGCUGCUUCUACUGGCUUCUCCAGCGAGCGGGAUUCCCCUAUCGCGACUGCCAGCUCUCCAACCGCAUGGACUGCAUGCUCCUGCAGCAGCUCAAAGAGACCUUCUGCCACCUCGACCAGGACAUUUCUGGUCUUCAGGACCAUGAGUUUCGCACACGUUUUCCAGAGUCCCCAGUGCUGCUGUACCAGUGCCGACUGGGAGAUGAAAAGCUGCAGGCGCCCAUGGCUCUGUUCUACCCGGCCACGUUUGGCAUUGUGGGCCAGAAGAUGACGUCGCUGCAGCAACGUUCCCAAGGGGACUCCGAGGACCCUCACGACGAACACUACCUGCUGUCCACACAGAGCAAACAGGACCAGUCCUCUAAGGCUGGAGCAGAAAGGAAGUCUUUGCCCAAGCCACUUGGCUUCGAGGGUGAGUCCAGCAGCCAGGGUGGUGAGGCCUCCGAGCGUGGCCUCCACAGCCAGGAGGUAGAUUUUGGCCCUGGCCAGGCAGAGUGCCUGGUGGGCGGGUCCGAGAUGGAGGACUCCCCCUCUGCGUUGCUGUCCCGGAGGACGGCCAUGUCGCAGUUUGAGGGGAAAGCCCUGGGACUGGACAAAGCCAUUCUGCAUUGUAUAGACUGCUGUGCGUCUGACGAGACCAAGCGUAAGAUGUACAGCUCCAUCCUGGUGGUGGGGGGUGGGCUGCUGUUUCAUGGGGCCCAGGAGUUCCUACAGCAUCGCAUCCUCAACAAAAUGCCCCCUUCCUUCAGACGCCUAGUGGAGAACGUAGAGGUCAUCACCAGGCCUAAGGACAUGGACCCGCGGCUGAUCCCCUGGAAGGGCGGUGCGGUGCUGGCCUGCCUGGACACCACGCAGGAGAUGUGGAUACACCAACAGGAGUGGCAACGCUUUGGAGUUCGCAUGCUGAGGGAGAGAGCCGGCUUUGUCUGGUGACCACACCAGGAGCUUGUGUGUGUGUGUGUGUGUGUGUGUGUGUGUGUGUGUGUGUGUGUGUGUGUGUGUGUGUGUGUGUGUGUGUGUGUGUGUGUGUGUGUGUGUGUGUGUGUGUGUGUGCGCCUGCGUGUGUUUAUUUGUGUACUUGUCUGUCUCACAGUUUUUUUAAGCCUAGAUACAGCAACUUUCAAAACAUUGAAUAUUAUAUAUAAUCUCAUUUGGGUUGGAUGGUUAAUGUUUUUGAAGAAGCGGUAUUUAAAAACAUAAAUAAAAAAAGCAUACAGUA